UUCAGUGAACGGACUAGAAGCGGAAAAAUUACAACAAAAAUGGCAGACGUAACUGACGUUCCAGUUAAGAAGACCCCCAAAAAGAAGACUGCAGCCAAGCCAAAGAAACAUGCGGACCAUCCUAAAUAUUUGGACAUGGUCAUUACAGCGAUCAAGGCCCUGAAAGAAAGGAAAGGAUCCUCCAGACAUGCCAUUGUCAAGUAUGUACAAAGUAACAACAAGGUUGGAGAUGACAAAGCAAAGGUUAACACGAGGGUGAAAGCAGCACUAAGAAACGGAGUGAGAAGUGGCGCCCUGAAACAGACAAAAGGCGUUGGAGCCCAAGGUCGAUUUAGUCUUGGAGAGAAAAAAGCCGCAGUCAAGAAACCCAAGGCAGCUAAGAAACAGAAAUCCCCCGUCAAGAAGCCCAAAGUAAAGAAACCUAAGGCAGCUAAGAAACCGGCGGGUGAGAAGAAGACGAAGAAGGUAAAGAAAGCUUCGCCAAAGAAAGUCAAGGCAGCUAAACCAAAAGCUGCCAAACCCAAGGCAGCCAAAAAAUCGCCGAAGAAGGCUAAGGCAGCAAAACCUAAGAAGGCCAAGUCUCCAAAGAAAACCGGAGCUAAGAAAGUCGCAAAGAAGUGAAGGACAGACCAGUGCCCGUUGUCUUAGUACAACGCAGUGACAUUUAAAGCCCUUUUAAGGGCUUACAAAUUUUUCGAAAAGAUGCUUUCAGUAGCGACGUUAUAAGAAACGAAUACUGUAGAAAACCUGAAUCGCUAACCAACGGGUUUAAUUCGCUCUUGCUCCUGUAAGCAGUGGGAGACGGAUUCUAACCCAAUGGCUGCGACACGGACACUUGAUUGUUUUUGUGAUAAAUUUUUAAGCUA